AUGAGCUCUACCGACGUCGCUGGUGGUGAUGACACGCCCCAGAAGCAAGCAGCGUGCUUGCAGUGUCGACGCAGUAAAAUCAAGUGCUUGCGGGAUCCUGAUGCGACAGUCUGCAAGCGAUGUGCCAGCAACUCCAUCGAAUGCGUGAUUCCCGAAUACCAUGUUGGCCGAUAUAAGGGCGUGAAGAACAAACGUAGCGGUCUGGAGAAAGCAAUUCAUCAAGUGGAACAGGCCAUCAAACGGUCGAAAGGCAACAGCGUCACUUUCGAGCACGAGAACGAAGUUCCACUGCGCCAGCUCAUAGACUGGGAUGAGCUCGGUGAAAAUGGCAACGCUCGUGGUGUCCGGCGGCGGUCAUCAGCGGUUGUUUCGCCGACAAGUGGUCUCGAUGUCGCUGCUGCCGGAAGGGAGCGCUCUCAAGAUUUUGUGCAGCCGGCAGACCUACCGCCAGUCCUUCAUCAUCGACAGAGCUUCAGUCACACGGCGUCAGUAGAUCACACUGAGAAACCGGAUGAGUUGGCUGUCGACAAUGCGGACAAUCCUCUGCAACUCCUUGCUAUGGCCUCAUCAAUGCCCAAUCAGUCGCCAUCGACAGUGAUCACGCCUUCGCCUGCCGCCGGACCCAGCACAAGUCACACCGAUGGCGAUGACGCGGAACUCCAGCAAUAUUUUGGUAGUCUCAUGCCUGUGCUUGACAACACUCGUGAUCUUGAUCCUGUGGAGAUGGGACUAGUCACACGCGAGGAGGCCGACACGCUCUUCACGUACUUCUACGAGAACCUGUCGCAUACACGAUGGGGCAUGGAUCCUAUACUACACACGGCAGCUUUUGUACGGUCACGGUCGUCAUUCUUGUUCACAUCGGUUCUCGCCGCCUCAGCAACAUUCAUGCCCAACACAGCCGCGAUAGCGAAGCGCUUAUCGGUGCAUCGUGGCUAUCUGGCACAGCAAGUGAUCAACAAACGUCAUCGAUCGAUUGAGAUCGUACUCGCAUUUAUCGUCAAUGUGCCUUGGAUGUCACCAGGGAAGCAUUGGACUGACGAUGAGACGUGCUCCUACCUGUCCAUGGCACUCACACUGGCAUUAGAUCUUCAGCUGAACAAGAUCGUGGUACCAUCGCCCACGAUCCGACCUCCUGGCUUUCUUGAGAGAAUAUCGAAGGCAGACUGCAUUGACGCGGAAAAGGCUCUACAACUCGACGGCUUCGGCCAUAUCGAUCCAGCGUCAGCGUGGGGAAGACGACUGCUACGAACCAGAGAGCGUGUCUGGCUAGCCUUGUUUGUCCUCGAUCGAGGCAUCUGUCUUGCUCGAGGUCGACCAUACGCUGUGCCGAUCGGACCACUGGUCGACAGCUGCGACACGUGGCACAUAUCCGAUAUCGCUGAUCGCUGGGAUGGAAGCGUCAUUUCUACAGCAGUUCUGCGACGCGACUUGGUUGGCCUCAUCGCAUCUGUCAGGGACAUAUGUGACAACAGCCAGCUGAACACAAUGAACGGAUCUACAGCGGUGAAGACUCUCAAGGAAAAGAUUGAUCGAUUCUUCGACCAAUGGACUUCGGUCUGGUCAUACCAACUAACUCAGGGCGACGGACAACUGCCGCCUUAUGUGGAAAUCCUGGUCUCCCAUACGAAGCUUUCGACGUAUUGUAGUGUCGUUAAUCAUCCCACGGCUCCCUCCGAUGUCAAGCAGUUCUUCCGGGCCGCAGGACUGUCUUCAGCGCUUAAUGUCAUGCGAGUCGUCGUGCAAGGUGAGAACAGACUCAAGUCUAUGCCAAACAAUUCCGUUAUUAUGGUCUCGUUUGCAGCCUGCUUCACGCUUGGCCUGACAGUCACCGCCAACGACGAGAAUGCGUCUGGUGCACCAAACGCCAGAGCGCUGAUUGAGCAGACUGCACGCGUACUAGAGCGUAUUGGCAAGACACCGAAGCAUCGCAAUGGCACGUCGGCGCUCUUUGGACGUCACAUAAGGAGAAUCAUGCGGCAGUCGUUUCCUGACCACCCGCUUCCUGCAGCGCCAGCUCCCAAUGGCUUCAUGCAAGCCCCAAUGGGCGCACCUCAGCUCCCUGCGCCAAUGCCGCAACAGGCAGACGUGAGUCAGCCAUAUACGUUUGACAUGACCGAUGACCAGAUCAUCGAAGCUAUUAACAAUGCGAGUGCAUCUCAGGAGCUGUUCCAGAUCGAUGAAUCCCAGUUUCUGGACUGGCUGGAGUGGCCGAAUACAACUUGGGGCUGA